AUGUCUAAUAUUGCCAAAGACAAGUCGGAACCCGAGAGUAUUACCUCGCAAAAAUCAGAUGAAUCACUUCAGUACGAGGAGGUUACAACUUUUGGCGACCCUGUUCCGGCAAACAAGGCAACCUUUGUAUCUAACACCUCCGACUCGGAUGAAGAUGGAUCAGCCUUUGUCAAAAAUCCUUUCCUAGACCCCGAUGUAACAGAGUACUGGACUACAGUCUAUGAAAAGUCACAAUACGAAUGUCGACAUGUUUUUGAACCGACGCUCACUUGGACCGAAGAAGAAGAGCGGCGACUAGUUCGAAGGUUGGAUUGGCGGGUUUGUCUAUGGGCUUGCGUCAUGUUCUUCGGUCUACAGGUCGACCGUGGAAAUCUGGUACAAGCUGUCGCGGAUAAUUUGUUGGAUGACCUAAACUUAAGUACGGAUGAAUACAAUUUUGGCAACACCAUUUUUUACUUCUCGUUCCUACUGGCCGAAUUACCUUCACAAUUGGUCUCGAAAAAGAUUGGUCCCGAUAGAUGGAUUCCAAUGCAGAUAACUCUCUGGUCGAUAGUUGCAAUGUCUCAAUGUGCGAUUCAAGGGAAAUCUGGGUUUUAUGCCACACGAAGUCUUCUGGGUCUGUUAGAGGGCGGGUUCAUCCCAGAUAUCGUAUUGUGGUUAUCAUACUUCUAUACAUCUAGAGAACUUCCUGUUCGACUCAGCUUCUUUUGGACUGCGCUUUCUGGGACUACAAUCAUUACAUCAAUCCUUGCCUUUGCUUUGCUCCAUCUCAGAGGUGUAUCAGGUUGGGCAGGAUGGCGUUGGCUUUUCCUGAUCGAGGGUUUGAUUACUUUCACGGUUGGCGUUUCUUCAUUCUUUAUGAUGCCAGCAUCUGCAGUACAAACAAAAGCGUGGUAUCGACCCAAAGGUUGGUUUACUGAUCGUGAGGUAUCAAUCGUUGUCAACCGAGUUCUUCGAGAUGACCCCUCAAAGGGCGAUAUGCAUAAUCGACAAGCUAUCACACCAAAGCGACUUUGGAAUGCAGCAAAGGAUUACGAUCUCUGGCCUUUAUACGCCAUCGGCUUGAUCGCAUUCAUCCCUCAAACACCGCCUUCUGCUUAUAUUACCCUUACUUUAAAAAACUUGGGUUUCAGUACAUUCAACACCAAUUUAUUGACAAUUCCCUAUUCGGCCUUUCACAUUAUGACGCUACUCCUCAUCACCCAAUUCUCCGAACGCAUCAACGAAAGAACUCUUGUCUCUAUGAUACAACCACUAUGGACCCUUCCCUGUAUCAUCGCCCUUCGCUUCUGGCCCGGCUCAGGAGUCCAAGCUUGGAAUACAUAUGCGCUCGUCACCGUUCUUCUCUCUUAUCCCUACUGUCACGCGAUUCUCGUCGGCUGGAUAUCCAAAAACUCUAACAACGUCGGCACCCGAUCCGUGUCUUCUGCUCUAUACAACAUGACGGUGCAACUCGGAAACAUCUGCGCAAAUUUCAUCUACAGAACUGACGACAAACCUCUUUAUCAUCGCGGAAAUACCCAAUUGAUUAUUAUUAAUAUUGCAGCCGUGGCGGUCUUCUUACUCACGAAAGUCUAUUAUGUGAUGCGCAAUAAACAGAGGGAUAAAGUGUGGAAUGCGUUGUCGCCAGAGCAACAGCAGGAUUAUAGGAAAAAUAAUAAGCUGACGGGGAGUCAGAGGUUGGACUUUAGGUUUGCGCAUUAG